AUGUCUUUUAUGGAUUCCACUGAACGUCAGGAGUUGAUUCAAUCGUAUGAAAAUCAAAUUGUUGAAUAUGACAAAAAAUUUGAAGAAUUGUUAACCCAACUUUCUUGGGACUUUAAAACUCUCGAGAUUCGCCAACAGCGACAUUUAUCUCUCAUUUAUAUCGCCGCGCUUUAUCACGGGAAGCGAAAGCAAGUGCCGAGCUCUGUCUUCUUCUACCAAAAUUCAUCGGUCGUAUUGUCCUUGAAUAAAGAGGAAUUGCAAAAAACAGCGGCUAAUCAAUCUGCUAAUAGUAAUGUGGGCCAAAGCUUGACAGUUAGUGAGAGACUCGAGGAAUAUGAAAAGGAGAUGGCGAUAUUUAAUCAUAUUCGUGAAGAGCGUAAACAACAAAAACGUGACGACUAUCAAAACUUCGACGAAAUUUGGGAGGCUGUUCAGAAGAAGAAAGAGAUUCUCCAUCAACAAUCAUCAACUUCUAUCGUGAACCUUUCGAAAGGAGAGAACCAGGGAUACAAAUCACGUGCCGAGAUUCUUGCCGAACAACGUGAUUAUAAACGUCGAAGGAAGUCGUACAGAGCCAAGAACAUUAGAAUUACGCAACGCACACCUACUCAGGUACACCGUGACCUCAUUGCAGCAUACAUGGAAGACUUUAAAUUGUUGAGAGAAUUUGAAAUGGAAUCCAAAUCAAAUCAUUCACCUCAACGGUUCGGUAACCCAUAUUAA